AUGGUGAAAGUUGAGACCAGUAAUGGGAUGGACACUACUAUGGAUGUAGUCAUUACCCCAAAAUCUCCUGUCCAAGAUGAGGGAUGGAGGGUGGUGUCUAGAAGAAGAAGAGUGACAAGAAGCCCUGUGCAUAGCACUGGGUUGGCUCAGGUUGGAUAUGCUGUUGAGGAGAGUGGUGAUGUAGGGGGAAAUUGUAAUAAAAUUCAGAAGAAAUUUGGCUCUUUGUGGCAAUGGGACUUCAAUUACUCUCACUCUCCUAGGGGGAGAAUUUGGUUAGGGUGGAAGCAUGCUGUGGUGACAGUGCAGAUUCUGCAGAAAACUGAGCAGAUGAUUCACACACUUGUUACAGCAAAAAGUGGGCAAUUUAGUACAUACUUCACUCCAGUGUAUGGUCUGCAUACAAUUGAUACUAGGAAGCCUCUUUGGGUUGAUUUGACUAACCUUGGCUCUGUGAUCACUGAUUCAUGGUUGGUUAUGGGUGACUUUAACUCCAUCCUGUAUUCUGAUGACAGGCUUAAUGGUAGUAUUGUUACUGCCACUGAAACUAGAGAUUUUGAAGCUUGUAUUGAUGGUGCUGCAUUGGCUGAAUUGAAAAGUUGUGGUCAUUUCUACUCUUGGAGCAACAAGGGUCAGGGUGAGUUUAGGAUUAGCUCUAGAAUUGAUAGAGCCUUUGGAAAGGCAAGCUGGAACCUCAGUGUUACUAAUGCAAUUGUUGAUUACCUGAAUCCAGGUCUCUCUGACCAUUCCCCUCUUUUACUGUCCUGCAAUGUCAAUGUGUGUACAGGUGGUAGACCAUUUAAGUUCUUCAACUAUAUGGCAGAUCACCCUAAUUUUUUGCAGACUGUUCAAGUUGGGUGGAGCACUAGGGUGUGGGCUAAGCUCAAAGUAGUUAAACAAGGCCUUAAACAUCUUCAUGAGAAGGAGUUUGCAAAACAGGAGGACAUAAUUGAUCAAAUUAGAACUGAGUUGAGUGUGGUUCAAACUCAGUUGGCUGAUAAUUCCUCAGAUGAGGUGUUACUGUGGACAGGGAAGGAGUGCACUGAACAAUUGAAAAAGUUCCUUCAUAUGCAAGAAUCUGCAUAUAGGCAAAAAUCCAGAAUCUAA